AUGAGAGAUUACGAGGGCUUUGAUGCUGAAAAGUCAAUUUGCGGAUACGAUAUUCAAAGCUACGCAUUACUUGGUGGGGAAGUCCGACGGCGUAAUGCGACAAAAGCAGAUGGAAGAGGAGAAACCGAGAUGUCAUGGACGAGUGGGGUUGUGAGCGGCGUUAGCCCUUUGAAGAAGCUUGGAUUGUUUAUCAAGCCCGAUGAUUUUGAUUACAUCGAACGUGGUCCAGAUCGAGUCGAUGCAUCUGAUCCCUUUCUUUUUUUUUCUCUCAUAAAUCCCCUUCUCUUUCCUUCUCAUUUUCUUUACCCGAGCGAUCUGCUCUUCGAUCUGGUUUUCGCGUCCACCAUCAUCGUUGCACCGCCAGUGUUCGUUUGCCUUCGCCACCGCCAGUGUUCGUUUUCCUUCGCCACCGCCAGUGUUCGUUUGCCUUCACCACCGCCCGUGUUCGUUUUCAUUCGCCACCGCCAGUGUUCGUUUGCCUUCGCCACCGCCAAUCUCAAUCGAUUCAGGUAUAAUUACUAUGGCUCGUUUGCCUUCGCCACCGCCAAUCUCAAUCGAUUCAGGUUCAGGGCGUGGAAGGUUAAAAACCAAAGUAUUUCCUUCUUGUACGACGAGGCAAAGAAAUUGAUGGGUAGUUUUAGUAAGUUCCAAAUCAUGCACGUUCUACGGGACUUAAACUCCGAGGCUAGCUGAUGCUCAAGCUAACUUAGUUGUCGUUCUUGCUGUGGGACAGAUUCAAGAAGAUAUUGAUAAAUAGCUUUCAAAGUGGAGGCUGCUAAUACAGUGAAACAUUAUUCAUUAUCGUUGUUGAUUAGAAUCCUCGGAUCGUAAUUCAACAGCUACUAAAAUCAACGCGCAGAAACGGGUUUUUUACUUUUUUCCUUUGUUGAAUUUCUUGUUUUUCUAUUUUGAUUUAUUAUGAAAUUUUGAACUUUUUGAUUAAGUGAGGGGGCUGUAGUGUAAAGUAACAUAGGCUUGAUGGCUCUCUUAGUUCUCAUAUAUGUGCAAUACGUUCAAGUAUGUAGACCAAUAAAUACUAGGUUUAUCGAUGAUAAAUAGGUGUGUGUAAUUUCUUGAGUUAUGUAAUGGAAAAAUGCUGCUGAAAUUUU